CUGCAGGCCCCCACCCCCGCCAGGGGACUGGCGGAGCGGGCCUUCUCCCGGUCUCUAGUAGUUUCCGCGCAGCUGACGCAUGCCUGCGCGCACAGCUGGGCCGGGCGCGUCCUACGCAGCAGCCGCGAGCCGGGCUGCGGGUGCCAGACGGUUCCCGGCGGGGGGCAGGGGCGGGGCGCCGCAAGAGGCCGGGACUCCCGGCGGAGGAGCCCCAAGGAGGCCCGCUUGACGAUUGACCAGUUGCCAUGGCAUCCUACUACGAGAUCCUAGACGUGCCGCGAAGUGCGUCUGCUGAUGACAUCAAGAAGGCGUAUCGGCGCAAGGCUCUCCAGUGGCACCCAGACAAAAACCCAGAUAAUAAAGAAUUUGCUGAGAAGAAAUUUAAGGAGGUGGCGGAGGCAUAUGAAGUGCUGUCUGACAAGCACAAGCGGGAGAUUUACGACCGCUAUGGCCGGGAAGGGCUGACGGGGACAGGAACUGGCCCAUCUCGGGCAGAAGCUGGCAGUGGUGGGCCUGGCUUCACGUUUACCUUUCGAAGCCCCGAGGAGGUUUUCCGGGAAUUCUUUGGGAGUGGAGACCCUUUUGCAGAGCUCUUUGAUGACCUGGGCCCUUUCUCAGAGCUUCAGAACCGGGGUUCUCGACACUCAGGCCCUUUCUUUACCUUCUCUUCCUCCUUCCCUGGGCACUCUGAUUUCUCCUCCUCAUCUUUCUCCUUCAGUCCCGGGGCUGGUGCUUUUCGCUCUGUUUCUACGUCCACCACCUUUGUCCAAGGACGCCGGAUCACCACACGCAGAAUCAUGGAGAACGGGCAGGAGCGGGUGGAAGUGGAGGAGGAUGGGCAGCUGAAGUCAGUCACAAUCAAUGGUGUCCCAGAUGACCUGGCACUGGGCUUGGAGCUUAGCCGUCGUGAGCAGCAGCCGUCAGUCACUUCCAGGUCUGGGGGCACUCAGGUCCAGCAGACCCCUGCCUCAUGUCCCUUGGACAGCGACCUCUCUGAGGAUGAGGACCUGCAGCUGGCCAUGGCCUACAGCCUGUCAGAGAUGGAGGCAGCUGGGAAGAAACCCGCAGGUGGGCGGGAGGCACAGCACCGACGGCAGGGGCGGCCCAAGGCCCAGCACCAAGAUCCAGGCUUGGGGGGUACCCAGGAGGGUGCGAGGGGUGAAGCAACCAAACGCAGCCCAUCCCCAGAGGAGAAGGCCUCUCGCUGCCUCAUCCUCUGACCACCAGGCCCAACCUGACCUGAUCCAGGUCUUGACUGGGGGUCUGGCUCAUUGUGGGAAGAGCAGAGGGGAGUAUCCUGAGUUGUAGGAACUGCUUUGCAACUCCAUGCUCCCUCCACAAGUUUCCCUCCCAGGCCCCCCGCACCCCAGUGUGGACUUGGGAUUUGCUGUGCUCAGCCCAGGACUGAUAGGUCCCUGGUGAAACCCAGGGUGGGGGGUGUCAGGACAGUGGAAGGGCCCUAGGAGCCAGGUUGCAUUUAUUGGAUGGGGAGCUCCAAGGGGCAUUAGUGGUUUGGGCUGGGCCUUUUGUGCCCAGGUCCUCUGCCACCUGUGUUGCUGAUGGUGUCAAGGAAGGAGGACUUGGCCUAGGGUUGUCUGAGCCGGAGCCGGCAGCUCCACUGGGGAGCAGCGCAGGCGGAGUGGAGCCUCCUGCUCUCCUGGUCCAGCUGCAGACCCCCAACCCUGGUUUCUGUGCCAUGUUGUGCUCUGACCGUCUCUGUUGCUUCUCUUCUGGUGUUGCUUCUCCUCCCUCCCAUUCUCUCUGCAACUCCCUGCGGGCCGCAUCGCUUGCUUUCACUGCCGUCUGGCUAGGACUCCCUUCUUCCUUCCUUCCCCGAGAAGGCCUCAAUGUGGCGAGGAAGAUGCUGGGGCCGGUAGGGCUGUGAGGUCUUCUGGGGAGGCUAGCCGGGUGGGGCGGGAGCCUCUCAGCUGUCCAGAUUCAGAACUGGAGCCCACUCCUCCUCCCUUCCUCCCGUUGCCUCAGCCUGCCCUCACCCUCAGGACUAGGCAGAGGUGAGGCUUGCUCACCCUGAAGAGGUGGGAUAGGACCAGGGGGAACCAGGAGGGAGGCCUAAGUGGGGACUGCACCCGUACUGCUUCCCUACCGUACAUCAGGGCUCAGGGAGAGGCCAUGCGGCCAGCCCAGGUCUGCAUGCUGAGCCCCGUCCUCCACAGCUUGCCGCUGAUGCUCUCUCCUGUCACCCCGCCCCCGCUCUCU